AGGUGAACGUGAUCAUAGCCAAGUUCAAAUACUUGACAAAUCAAAAAUAACCAUGUCUCAUAUAUUUCGUCUCAGUUAACUAUAAUUAAGUCAGCAAGUAGAAAACAUGGAAACAUCGUUUAUGCUAAUCUUUCUACUUUUCUAUUUACCAUGGAGCUUUCAAGAACUUCAUGUUCCUGAAGGUUUCCUUGGAUGUGUCUUGGACAGUUUGGACCGUGUUUUAGAACACAAGUUGAAUAGAUCUGAUUCAAACUGCGGAGAUGAAUGUAUGCAUCGAUGUUUGACAGAGGGAUUUAGAUAUGCUGGAACGGAGUUUGGUGUCGAGUGUUACUGUGGGAACACCUGUAAGAACUGUCAAAAUACAACAGGAUGUAACAUCAAAUGCCCAGGAAACAGAAAUGAGUUUUGCGGCGGCGGAAGCUUUAGAUUAUCACUUUAUGAUACAAGAGUGCCUUCGGCGCAAAUUUUAGCAACAGAAACACUUUCGUCAACGACAAAAGCAAGUACAGACUUUGUUCACACCGCUGUUUUCAUCUCAGUUCCGGUCUCAGUUGUAGUCAUUGCAGUCUGUGUUGUUAUGAUAAUUAUAUGUUGGAGGCGCAGACGUGUGUCGCAUUCACAAGACAUUAUUUAUGAUGAUACUGUUGAACUCGAAGGAAAUUCAGGUAGUAGGGUUGAAUAUGACUAUUUCGAUGUCGUAUAUGAACUCGAAACAGAAACCGAACAUAUUAAAGACUAUUCAAGCGGGACAAAAACAGCUACUCUCCACAACAAACCUCCUAGCUACGAUCACAUUUCCAAACUAGUUAAACAGCGUAAAGACAAAAACUACAGCCACCUCAAAGAAUUUGAUUCUGAACUUAGUCUGAAGAAGGUGAACGGUCCGUAUUUAAUAUCAAGGGGAAAUAUGCAAACCGGUUUGCGAGUUACAAGUUGUAGUGCAGACGCGCUAUAUUGCAAUGCUUCGGUAAUGCCAAAUGACAAAACAGAAGAGAAAUCUUUUUAUCGGCAAACUGCAGACGAUGACGUAGACUUGGAAUAUGACCAUGUUAAAACUGGAGAACAUAUAAAAGAAUUGCAUACGGACGAUAACUAUUCACACUUGAGACAGAUAGGAAAACAGUGUGCUAAGUACUAAACAUCGAAACAAUGCACCUUUUUAUCAUUAUCUGCAUGCAAACGUGUUUUGAUAUUUAUAUUUAUAUUAAAUUUAUAUUUUU